GGGUCGUGGUUCUAAUGAGUGAGAGACGGUUUGUGUAGAUGGAAGAGAAACCGUUUUUUAUCAAACGUAUGUUGAAUGAAAAAAAACUUUUACUGAGUUUUAAAACAACAAUUUUGCUUAAUGUUAAACCCAUCCACGUGGAAAGAUUAUGAAUUAAGAAGGGUAAUUAGGGGUUUAUAAGAACACCUAAUUUUUUCUUAUAUGAUAGAUUGAAAUUCGCACCAUUAAACUAAACUACUACUACCUCUAUUAGAAAAGAAAUUGGAGACAAACAUUGAAAUUUACAUAGGUUUUCCUUCUUCUUUCUUGCCACAACAACGACCCAUUCUCACCCAGUAAACUUGACGACAUUGCGUUGACCACACUACCAUUGAUUAAUUAAUUAACUAAUUUCCCUUUCCUCUCAUCGUUCCACACUCAGAUUCAUCCAUGGAAGAUCCCUCACAUCACACAGAAAAUUUAGAUGAAAGAGCCGAAGCAUUUAUUCACGAGUUUCAGAAAGCAAUGAUCCAUGAAGAAAGUAGAUCAACGAUGCGUGAACAUGAAGUGUUUCUAAGCUUCAGAGGAGAAGACACGCGCUCUUCCUUCACUUCACAUCUCCAUGCUUCUCUUCAAAACGAAGGAAUUAAAGCUUUUAGAGACGACGAUUCUCUGAAAAGAGGAGAUCACAUUUCAGCAUCAAUACAUCAAGCAAUUCAAAAAUCUCAGAUCUCUGUCAUUGUUUUUUCAAGAACCUAUGCUGAUUCGCGAUGGUGUCUCGAUGAAUUGGUGAAGAUAAUGGAGUGUCGUAGAACCAUAGGGCAAGUGGUUUUGCCGGUGUUUUAUGAUGUUGAUCCCUCGGAAGUUCGUCAUCAAUCUGGCGAGUUUGGAAAAGCAUUUGGAAGUCUCUUGACUAGGCUUUCGAAUAAGAAAGGGAUUUAUGAUAGGUUUGGAAAAGCUGUUCGAUAUGUUUUGAAAAGUUUUUCAAUGUAUGACGAAGAGUCACCAAAUCAGGAGCUGAGGUGGAGCUGGAGUGCCGCGCUUCGUGAGGCCGCAGGGCUUGCAGGAUUUGUAGUACUAAAUUCAAGGAAUGAAAAUGAGGCUAUCAAGGAUAUUGUUGAAAAAGUUACACAAUUGCUAGACAAGACAGACUUGUUUGUUGCUAAUAAUCCAGUGGGAGUUGAAACUCGAGUAAAAGAUAUGAUUCAAUUACUAGACAUCCAACAAUUAAAUGAUGUUCAUUUAAUAGGAAUGUGGGGUAUGGGAGGAAUUGGCAAAACCACAAUUGCAAAAGCCAUUUACAAUAAAAUUGGCCGCAAUUUUGAAGCUAGGAGCUUCCUUGCAAAUACAAGGGAGGUUUGGGAGAAAAAUGAUGGACCAGUGUCUUUACAACAACAACUUCUCUUUGAUAUUUGCAAGGAAUCAAAAACCAAGAUUCAAAAUAUUGAGGCAGGAAAAAUUAUAUUAACGGAUAGACUUUGUGGCAAAAGAGUAUUUCUUGUACUUGAUGACGUGAGUACAUUGGAUCAAUUGAAUGCUUUGUGCGGAAGUCGUCAAUGGUUUGGUUCAGGGAGUAGAAUAAUCAUCACAACUAGAGAUAUGCAUAUACUUAGAGCUAAUAGAGUUGACCAAAUAUACACAAUGAAAGAAAUGGAUGAAAGUGAAUCAAUUGAGCUUUUUAGUUGGAAUGCAUUUAAGCAAGCAAGCCCUAGAGAAGAUUUUGCAGGAAUUUCCCAAAAUGUAGUGGAGUAUUCGGGGCAAUUGCCGCUAGCUCUAGAAGUCCUCGGGUCUUAUUUGUGUGAUAGGGGGAUAACAGAAUGGAAGUGUGUAUUGGACAAGCUCAAAAGAAUUCCAAAUGAUCAAGUGCAGAAGAAGUUAAAAAUAAGCUAUGAUGGUUUAAAUGAUGAUUUUGAGAAAGAAAUAUUCCUUGACAUCGCUUGUUUCUUUAUUGGGAUGGACCGAAAUGAUGUUAUACAUAUAUUAAAUGGCUGUGAACUUUAUGCGGAAAUUGGAAUAAAUGUCCUUCUUGAGCGCUGCCUUGUGACUGUUGAUGAUAGGAACCGACUUGGAAUGCAUGAUUUGUUACGAAAUAUGGGUAGAGAAAUCAUACGCGAAGAAUCACCAAAGGAGCCCGAGGGGCGUAGCAGGUUGUGGUUUAGUAACGACACGCUUAAUGUUUUAUUUGAACAAACGGGAACAAAAGUUGUCGAGGGACUGACUUUGAUGUUGCCAAGAGAUAGUGUAAAAUGUUUUAGUACUAAUGCAUUUCAAAAGAUGACGAGACUCAGAUUGCUUCAACUUGCUGGAGUACAACUUGAUGGAGAUUUUGAAUACCUUUCGAGAAAUCUAAGAUGGCUUUCUUGGAAUGGGUUUCCUUUAACAUGCAUACCCUCGAGCUUUUAUCAAGGAAAUUUAGUUUCAAUUGAGUUAGAAAAUAGCAAUAUCAAAUAUUUAUGGAAAGAAACCCAGAGGCUAGAGAAGCUGAAAAUUCUCAAGCUUAGUCAUUCUCAUUAUCUGAGACAAAGCCCAAACUUUUCAAACUUGCCUAAUCUUGAACAACUAAUACUCUCCGAUUGUCCAAUGUUGUCUGAGAUUUCUCCUAGCAUUGGACAUCUCGAUAAAAUUCUUCUAAUAAAUUUAGAAGAUUGUAUUAGCCUAUGCAGCCUCCCAAAAAGUAUCUAUAAGUUGAAAUCUCUGAAAACUCUCAUUCUUUCUGGUUGUUUAAAGAUUGAAAAGUUGGAAGAGGACUUGGAACAAAUGGAAUCUUUAACCACCUUGAUUGCAAAUAACACUGCAAUUACAAAAGUGCCGUUUUCAAUUGUAAGAUCAAAAAGCAUUGUAUAUAUUUCUUUGUGCGGCUAUGAAGGAUUUUCACGUGAUGUGUUUCCAUCCAUCAUUCGGUCUUGGAUGUCACCAACAAAUAAUCUCCCAUCCCAAUUUCAAAGUUCUACUAUCAUGUCAUUUCCUGUUCUUUUAGAUGUACGACAUAGUAAUUCCCACGAAUUAUCAUUGAUUUCAAAGCACCUUCCAAGUCUUCAAAGUAUUUGGGUGCAGUCCAGCUCAGAACUUCAACUUUCUCACGAUGCAGCAAUAAUUUUGGAGGCAUUGUAUGCCACUAAUUAUAAUGAAUUGGAAUCAGCUGCAACUAAAUCACAAAAUUCCUUGAAAUCUAUUUUCAUUCAAUUGGGAAUGAAUUGCCAAGUUGCCAAUAUUUUGAAAGAGAAAAUUGUACAGAAUAUGGCUGUCCAAGGGUGCGGGGGCUUUUUGCUCCCGGGUGAUAAGUAUCCAUGUUGGUUAACCUUCAAUUGCAAAGGUUCUUCUGUAUUUUUUGAAGUCCCUCAAAUGGAAGGACGUCAUUUAAAGACAAUAAUAUGCGUUGUCUAUUCUUCAAAUCCAGAAAACAUAGCAUCAAAUGGCCUUAAAAACGUGAUGGUGAAAAAUUACUCAAAGGCCACCAUUCAGCUCUAUAAGAGAGAGGCACUAGUCUCAUUCGAAGAUGAGGAGGGUCAGAGAUUAGUAUCAAGUAUAGAACCUGGCAAUAAAAUGGAGGUUGUUGUUGUUUUUGAGAACAAUUUAAUUGUGAAAAAGACAACAAUUUAUCUCGUAUAUGAUGAACCACUUGGCAGAAUAAUGGAACAAAGUUAUGUGUAGAUUGGAUGCUACUUGAGGUGCUGAAGAAAGUCAUACUGGUGUUUGGUUUCAUUUUGAAGCCCUGAUCAAGAAGAUUUUAUCUAUGUGACCAUGUCUAAGAAUGCAUUCGUCCUAUUCUUCUAAUGAAGAAUCUGGCCUGCUGUUUAAUCUUGUUAGUUGGUCUUUAAUCUUGUUAUUUGGUGCUGGUGGAGUUCUAACUAAUGUGUGCUUCCGGUAAGUAAAAUAAAAUUUAUACAUUCAAUUUUGAUACCAUUACUCAUAAAAUAUGGUAUAUGUUUUCUGAACAGAAAAUAUGAAGUGAUAAUGUGCGGAGUGGUUAUUUUGAACAUUUAAGAGUAUUCUGAUUAGUGUUUUAUCCAUUUUACAACGAGUUGCGGCAAUGAAGGGAACAACAUUACAACAGUCUUGCAUUGAAUAAAUGUUGGGAUGAGAUGCGUGCGACAAAGGUAAAUUCAAUAGGAAAAUGCAGUCUGUCUACUAGAUGAAAAAUGCAAACAGAUGAAUCACUAGCCUACUCAAAGGAAGUAGUUGAAGAAAAAAUGCGUCAUAAGUUGACAAGUUUAUAUUUAAGACACAGACAUAGGAUUUUUCAUUUGGAGCAUUGAAGUUGAAGAGGAAGAAUGUUUACUCGCGGGGACCAGUAGCACAAUUUAGUUUCAUUUUUUCUCUCCAUGAAGUCAGAUCUCACUUAGUACUAGUUUGAACGGAGAGUGAAGAAGGGUUGUAGAAAGUAAAUUAAAUCUGUGUCGUUUUGAUUUCAAGUCUGCUGACCACUGCGCCUACGAGGUAUUGUCCGCUUUGUGCGUGAGAUUGAGAACUUGUCAUGAUUUGUCUUUGAAAAAAGAACUUUGUUGGAUUAAGAAGUGCAUUCUAUAAAAAUUAUCAUUGUCCUCGACUCCUUAGUAAUGUGAUAUAUUUUACUGUACUGGAAUAGUUUGGGCAAACAAAUGAUGAGUUCUUUAAUGCAUCAGUGUUCCUUGAUGUUGAUGGAAAAACUGAUUUUUUUUUUGGGGUGCAAAUUUAAUGCAGAAUCAUCUGCAUUUAGCUGUGAUUCAUUUUUAAUUCCGCUACUUUUGUUGAAUAUGGGGUAUUACUUAUGUGUGACACUCUUAGCCUUUUUACUUGAUGAUGUGGCGUCUAUGAGUUUAGUUGGGAAUUGAGCAAUUUUUUUCACGUUCGAGUAGUUUAGAAUCAAUGGUCAUUUUGUACAGAAAACCGGUCAACAUGAGGAGAACUUGACUCAAUUUUAUUAAAGAUAAUGAAGAGAUUGAGGUAAACUAACUAGUUCAUAAGAUAGAUUAACUGAAUUGUAGCUAACUUCUAGUUAGUUAUCAAGUAGUUAGAUGAAUGUUUAAGUUAGUUAGAUAUUGCUUGUUAUAUAAGUAAGUUUCUUCACUUGUAUACAAGCAUGAUGAUGAGUAAUAGAAUUCUGCAACCAUCUUUCUUCUUCUACAUUCAGUUUUUCUGCAUUUUCAUAUGCUUAACUUGAUUCUUAACAUGGUAUCAUUGGCCUGUGAUCAAGCCUCCACCACUGCACUCAAUUAUCUCAUCUCAUCCACCGUGUUUUUCUUCUCAAUUUUCCAUUCUUCUCUCUAUCGACUUUCUUCAGUUUUUUCCAGUUAACCAUGUGUGUUGCAAGCUCUACAAGCAACAUCAAUGGCGAACAUCCAUUAAAUGCCAAUAACAAAGGUUAUCAAACCGAUACCCUCGGUCUUUAUUUCAUGCACCCCAAUGAAAAUCUAGCAUUGGUUCUUGUUUCUCCUUUGCUUUUGACCAACAAUUAUCAUUCUUUAUCAAAAUCCAUGACAAUGGUUAUAAGAUCCAAGAAUAAGCUUCACUUCAUCAAUGACAGCGUGCCUCCUCGAGCACUAGAUGAAGACCAUAACUCUGUUGCUUGGGAUUAGUGCAACACCAUGAUUAUGUCAUGGAUUCACAAUUUUGUUGAAUCAGAUAUCGCUCUAAGUGUGUUAUGGAUGGAUACCACAGCUGAAAUUUUGAAUGAACUGAGCGAUCGUUUUUAUCAAAAUGGUGUAUUCAGAAUCUCAUAUCCUUAAGAAGAAAUUUGCAACUUGAAAAAAGGUGAUUCAUCUAUGUCUUCUUACUACACUAAACUUAAGAAAUUGUGGUAAGAAUUGGACAAUUUUCGUCCAAUUCCUGAAUGUUCAUGUGACAUUACUUGCCAAGCUGUUGUCAAGAUCCGUGCUUACAAAGAUGGUGAUCAAGUUAUUAGAAUCCUUAAAGGUUUGAAUGAUCAAUAUUCAGCUGUGAGAUCUCAGAUCAUGUUGAUGGAACCCCUUCCAACCAUCUGCAAAGUUUACUCUCUUCUUGUUCAACAAGACAGACAAGUUAUUUUACCUCUUGAUGAAUCAAAGGUAUUAGUCUUUCCUAAUCUCAAGCAACCUCAAAAGAAUACAUCCAAACCCAGUGGAAAUUCUCGUGGAAUAGGCAUUAAAGGUGGUAGAUCAUUUGGAGGAAGAGGUCGAGGUUCCCGAGUAUGCACUCAUUAUGGCAUGACCAAUCACACAAUUAGGAAGAGGUCGAGGUUCCCGAGUAUGCACUCAUUAUGGCAUGACCAAUCACACAAUUAGGAAGAGGUCGAGGUUCUCGAGUAUGCACUCAUUGUGGCAUGACCAACCACACGAUUGAUUCUUGCUUCAAAAAGCAUGAUUAUCCACCACAUGGGAAGUAAGAUGGCACAAUAUAAUCAAUCAUUAGGCAGAUGUUCCUGACAAAACAGAUGCAUCUCAAAAUGAUUUCAAUGAAGAUAAUGAGCAAGUUCAAGGCAAUUUGGAAUUCACAAUUCACCAACAUAAAGCAUUAUUGGCCAUUCUUCGGGCUCCCAACAUCAACCAUUUGACAACUCAAAUUGAAAAUGGCUCAAGUAUCAUAUCCACUAUUCCUAACUAUCCUAGACCUCAGAAUCUUAUCCUUGAUACUGGUGCAAUAGAUCAUGUUUGUCAUACAAAAUAUUUCUUUCAAUGCAUCAAAAGAACCAAUCCCAUAACCCUCAAAAUCCUUUGUCAUUACCUAUUAUGCUAGCACAAUCCAUUUUGACAAACAUUUGUAUAUUACUGACGUAUUAUACAUGCAUGAUUUCUCUUUUAAGCUCAUUUCAAUUCCUAAGCUAACCAAACAAUUGAAAUGUCAAUUGGUGUUUAAUGAUAAUGAUUAUAUGAUACAUGAUACUCACUCCAACAAGAUUAUUGAUACAACUAGAUUGAAUGGUGGAUUGUAUAUCUUAGACUCUCCUUCAGUUACCUUGUAUCGUACCCCAUUUGCUCAUUCCAUCAAUACCUUACAUGAUCAUUAUUUAGACACAACUCAUAAUUGUAAUCUUUGGCACUUAAGACUUGACCACCCAUCAAUACCUUAGAUGAUUGACACAACUAGAUUGAUUGAUGUAUGUUUCAAUGCUAAACAAAAGAAACUCCCAUUUUCUCACAGUCAUCAUGUUUUCAAUUUUGUCUCUGACUUGGUGCAUAUGGAUAUUUGGGGACCAUUAUCCACACAAUCUUAUGAUGGGAUAUAGAUAUUUUCUUACUAGUGUGGAUGAUAAGAGUAGAUUGUCUUGGUUAUUUCUCAUGAGAUUAAAAUCCAUCAUUAAAUCAUUUGUAUCAAUGAUCAAAACUCAUUUUAACACAGCCAUUAAAUGCAUUAGAUCUGAUAAUGGUUGUGAAUUCAUUCUCAUAGACUUUUACAAAAAAA